AUGUCGUUCCAGUCACCAUUUUUCGAUUUCUUUGACGCUAUUAACAACGAAGUUGCCAACUACAACAGGCUCCUUGGUCGCGCUCCCAACAGUACUGCACUGCAGGCUAAGAACAACAACAAGAAAGACACCACUGACUGGCUCACAUCUGCCAGCAUCAUCCCUCCCGUGGAUGUGUUGGAGCAGGAGAAAGACUACGAGGUGCACUUGAGCGUGCCGGGCAUCGUGGACCAGGACAACAUCAACAUCGAGUUCCACAGCGACCGCGGAGAGCUAGUUAUAUCGGGCGAGGUGCCGACAAAGGAGACCGAGGAGAACAAGGACGGCUGGCGCGUGCGUGAGCGUGCCACUGGCAGCUUCCGACGUGUGGUCGGCUUGCCGGACAAGCCCGGCGUGGACGCAGAGCACAUCACUGCGAACUACGAGCAGGGUGUGCUCACGUUGCGCGUGCCAAAGCUGGAGUCUCGCGAGAACCAGGCAGUCCGCAAGAUCCAGGUUGGGCGUGGCAGCGCCAAGUAA